CUACUCCGAGUUCAAGGAGGGAACCGCCCUACCGGUCUUCCCGCUGAUUGGCUGGAGAAGAGGAAGGCCGGCGCUGAUUGGUUGGGCUGGACGCGGACACGGUUGGUGCAGACUUAUCGCUCCGCCCCACCCAGCUACGUCACUACCCGGCGUGCCGCGCGGCCCUUCCCCUCCGCCCGCUAAUGUUUUGGCGGAUUCAAGAUGGCGGUGCAGGAGUCGGCUGCUCAGCUGUCCAUGACCCUGAAGGUGCAGGAGUACCCGACCCUCAAGGUGCCCUACGAAACACUGAACAAGCGCUUUCGAGCUGCUCAGAAGAACAUUGACCGCGAGACGAGCCACGUCACCAUGGUGGUGGCCGAGCUGGAGAAGACCCUGAGCAGCUGCCCUGCUGUGGACUCGGUGGUCAGCCUGCUGGAUGGCGUGGUGGAGAAGCUUAGCGUCCUCAAGAGGAAGGCGGUGGAGUCCGUGCAGGCGGAGGACGAGAGCGCCCAGCUGUGCAAGCGCCGGAUCGAGCACCUGAAGGAGCACAGCAGUGACCAGCCUGCGGCCGCGGGGCUGUGGAAGCGGAAACGCAUGGACCGCAUGAUGGCGGAGCACCUGCUGCGCUGCGGCUACUACAACACGGCGGUGCGGCUGGCGCGCCAGAGUGGCAUCGAGGACUUAGUGAACAUCGAGAUGUUCCUGACGGCCAAAGAAGUGGAGGAGUCCCUGGAGAGGCGUGAGACGGCCACCUGCCUGGCCUGGUGCCACGACAACAAAUCCCGGCUGCGCAAGAUGAAGGGCCGCCAAAGCGAGCAUGACGUGAAGCCGGGACGGAAAAGUAGAGUGGCCAGUGGCUCCCCUAAAGAAAGUGAGGAUCUUGGUAUGGAAACCAUGAAAGGAAAGCCAGAAUUGAGCUGCCUGGAGUUCAGCCUCAGGAUUCAGGAGUUCAUUGAGCUCAUCCGGCAGAACAAGAGAUUGGACGCCGUGAGACACGCACGGAAACACUUCAGUCAGGCCGAAGGCAGCCAGCUGGACGAGGUCCGCCAGGUCAUGGGCAUGCUGGCCUUCCCGCCAGACACGCACAUCUCCCCCUACAAGGACCUGCUGGACCCGGCCCGGUGGCGCAUGCUGACCCAGCAGUUCCGGUACGACAACUACAGGCUGCACCAGCUGGGGAACAACUCUGUGUUCACCCUCACCCUGCAGGCCGGCCUCUCUGCGAUAAAGACACCACAGUGCUACAAGGACGACGGCAGCUCCAGGAGCCCCGACUGCCCCGUGUGCAGCCGCUCCCUGAACAAGCUGGCACAGCCGCUGCCCAUGGCGCACUGUGCCAACUCCCGCCUGGUCUGCAAGAUCUCAGGCGAUGUGAUGAACGAGAAUAACCCGCCCAUGAUGCUGCCCAACGGCUAUGUCUACGGCUACAACUCUCUGCUGUCGAUCCGCCAAGACGAUAAGGUGGUUUGCCCGAGAACCAAAGAGGUCUUCCACUUCUCACAGGCGGAGAAAGUGUACAUCAUGUAGGGCCCUGCCCGCCGGCUCCGGCGCCUCUUGUCUCCUGCGACCAAAGAUCCGUGAGCACCGAUAACACUCUCAGGAUGGGAGGGGACGAGACUGAACAGUCUGUGCUUGCAACAGCCUUCUGCUGGGUGGAUUUGUAACCUGUCGACUGCUUCAUGCUUCUGGAAAGGACUUUCACCUUUGAAAGAGACUUGAGACUGACGUGACACCGAGGGGAGCUCUGGAACAGCAGGAACAGGAGUGAGUGGCUUUUGUGUUCUCACAGUUCCCUCCUUUUGCUGGAAUAGGCAGGUCCUGCCGCCGUGGCCUGGAGAGGGGUGGCCGCGCCGGACUGCCUGCCAGUGACUGGCGGUGCACAAGGGAUGCUGGGCUGUAGAGCUGCUGCCAAAACGCCCAGCCCCACAGCCCGCGGGCAUCGCGACUGUCCCGUCGUUCGUGCCGCCUUAUCCUGCUUGAGAAUGUACUCCCGUGGAGAUCCACUGGGCUGCGUUUCUGCAGAGGCCUUGCCGGAUGGUUCCAUACUUUAGGUCUAAAUGCGAUUCAUUACAGUUGAAAUAACCACCGAUGACUUUUCGAAUCAAGUGAACCGUUGUAGUUGACACAACCAUAUCGUAGAGGUUUGUAUUCAGUGCAUGUUGACGUGGAUUAGCUAAUAAACUGUAAAUGUCAAACAUGUGAAUAAAAGGGUUUUCUAUUUCUCG